GCGGAUAGUGUGAGAGAGAGCUUUCAAGAAUGGACUUUCGAGCCGGCUGCACAUGUGCCUUCUCGGCGUUGGUCGGAGGCGAGUGCGGCCCAAGUGCUGCAAAUCCUAAAUACCAGAAGUGCAUUACACUUGAUGCUUGCGAUAAAGAUGUUAGAGGGCAUUUGCACUUUUUGUGCGUCUUUGAUUUUGCGCGACUCCGGACCGAGCAAGAACUUCUCCUUUCAUCCGAAAGCCAUCGGCCGGCACCAUAUGGGCGUGAAGCUAUGUUUUGAAGAUAGAGAGAGCAAGGGGGGUUGUUUCGCUGGCGAUAGACAUAUGCAAAAAUAUUUUAAAAGAUUUCUUAAUAAAAAGACCGCAUUCUGGCAGACAAAGGAAAAGGGGUUGCCCUCUAUAUCAUCAGAAGAACAAGAGGUAAUCGACACUGUCAUCAAAUGAUAAAACGCUUAUUUGACUCAAGUGCUAUAAUUUGCUCUUUUUUCUUGAAUAGGACAUAAAUGAUUUGACGAACGCAUUCAGUAAGCUGGAAAUAGAAGAUGAGAAAUGAAGCCCAGGGUUUUUUGGUUGUGAGGACAGUAGUAGCAGUAGCAGUGGAACCGGCCGUACAGAUACACUAGCCGGCCGGCGUAGAAAACUGAGCGAGCUGUUAGACUGUUUUGGGGAGAACGUGACAGUUUCCGGAAAACCACAACAGCCAUUUGGCCAUCUCACAAAACGUCGACAAAAUGUGUACGUAGACAGAGCUACAGCUGCUAUUGUCUCCUUCCUAGAAGUGAUAACUCCUAACGAUGCAGGAAGCUUGUGGAAUGCCGUUGUAAAAUCCAAAAAUGUCGAAAAGAGGCUUUGAAUACCAACUGGGCAUCGUUCCGUUGACCGAAAAUACCUCGAGGCGCUAGCCGAGACUUCCCAACAUGCAUCAAGUUGGGACACCAGAAGACAAGUGUUAGCUAUUAUGACUGAUCUCGUGUCACUCCAAGAAAUGCAGAGCUUCAUGCCAGACCUCACCGAGUAAAGCUCAAGGCAUCAAGGAAACACAUUCUUCAACAUGGUCGCGGUACCUGUCCCUCAGACGAAAAGUCCGAAAAUGAAAGUUGACGAGUCACAACUAGACAGAUUUCUGCGCUUUAUCACAAGCUCUCAUAUUCUACAAGAUCUGCCGUUUGGACAGCGUCAUCUGUGUUUGUCAAAUGGAGAGAUCUUGGAUGUGCCAAACGUUAUCCGAGGGAUGAUUCCCCAACGAAUCAUGGAUCAGUACACGGAGUACUGUAAGGAAGAAGAAAUAACACCUCUAAGCCAGUCAACCAUGGCACGAAUCUUGACAGCGUGUCAUGCUACUGUCCGGACUUCCCUGCAUGGUCUUGACUACACGUCUGCGGAUGGUGCAAAAGCGUUCGAUAUCCUCGCCUCCAUCGUGGAUAGGCUUGACGGUCGAGAGAAGUCACGCGAAUGGAGCCACACAUGUCGUGCUGCCCUGAAGACAGGCAAGCAAUACAUCAAGUCUGAUUAUAAGACAGGGCAAAGAGGAGGUACGGCGAGAUUCUUCAUGAAAGCCAGGCACAGCCCCAACUACCUGCCACCCUAGAGAGGGGCAGUCAAACUAACAUGCUGGGACAGGGAUGGGCGCUUAAAUCGGGGGAAAAAGUUCUCGCUACUCAGAAGACCAAAAGCGCUACUUGGGAGAGAAAUUUGAAAUCGGUCAGCAGGGGCACAAGCUUGACCCGGAAACUGUCGCAAGGGACAUGCGAUACGCCAGGGAUGGUGCAGGCGUUCAUAUAACAGUGCUCAAUACAUAGGUGUAGAGCGGGAUAUAUCUUGGUUUGUAGCAAAAAAAACACGCGAACUACCGUUUCAGCUCUACAAGCCUGUUUCGUGGUUGCCCACUCAUCAGGAGAUUUAUUAAGAAUAUAUUACUACCAUCACUUAUAUACUAUCUAUGUAUAAAAUUAACAUGAAAAUAGGGCGUGAAAUUUCAAUGGCUGUUAUGAUGAAAUUGAAUAGUUCAGCUGUUGCAUAACAAGGCUUUGUUCUUGUGGCGGCACGAAGACACUAGCUCGUUACGCUUGUUUAAAGUUGAUAGCUUGGGUUGGCGGAUAAU